AACACGGAAACAACAACGACUCCAUACAGCUGCGAUUUACCUCAAAGAACAGAUGACAGUUUUUUUUAAACAUUUACUGUGACAGACUCUCGUUAUUCAAGACAUUCCGCAAAGUUGAAUAAAUAUUAAUUCCCUUGAACCGAGGAGGUGCAGUUUCCAACCCGUGUUUCUGAGCUGUCCGGUGUUUGUUUCGCUUCCUCCGUUUUUGGCAGCUGGUCGGAGUUCAGUAUGGACGCUGAGGGCUCGGUGUCGGAGGAGUCCGGGAGGAGGCGAAAGGUGCACGGCAUGCUGAAGCUUUACUACGGCCUAAACGAGGAGGGGAAGGUCCCGGAGCUGCCGCAGUCUCUGGAUCCCUGCGACAUCAACGGGCCGCAUUUUGACCCGGAGAUGUACCUCAACAAGCUCAGAAGAGAGUGCUCCCUUGCAGAGCUGAUGGACCACGAGAACUGCAUGGUGAAGCAGAUCCGCUCUCUGGACAGCGACAUGCAGACCCUGGUCUAUGAAAACUAUAACAAGUUCAUAUCUGCUACAGACACCAUAAGAAAAAUGAAGAAUGAUUUUAAAAAGAUGGAAGAUGAAAUGGAUUGCUUGUCUGCAAACAUGGCUGCAAUCACCGACUUUAGCGCUUGUAUCAGCGGCACACUCCAGGACCAGCAUGCACAGAUAACCAAACUCUCAGGUGUCCACACUCUGCUGAGGAAGCUGCAGUUUCUGUUUGAGUUGCCUGCAAGACUGAACAAGUGUCUGGAGCUGCAGGCCUAUGCUCAGGCAGUGAGCUCUCACCGACGGGCUCGCUGUGUGCUGCAGCAGUACAGCCACCUGCCCUCUUUCAAGGGCAUUCAGGAUGACUGUAACGCCAUCAUGGAGAAGCUGGCUCAGGAGCUUCGACAGAAGUUCAGAGAUGGCGGGACCAGCGCCAAAGACCUGUCAGAGUGUGUGGAGCUGCUCCUGCAGCUGGACGAGCCUGCAGAGGAGCUCUGCGAUAAGUUCCUGAGCCAUGCACGGUCUCGCCUGGAGCUGGACCUCCAGGGAUUGGAAGCUGAGAUUAAACCGGACCCACCGACCUCAGCUGUCAAAGAGGCUGCUACACGCAGGUCAUCGUCCACUGCAGCCGCCGGAUCUCCGACUGCUAACUCUCCUAAAACCCUCUCUCUACCUUCUCCCACCCCCAACACCGACAUCCUUGAGUUCAUAGACAGAGGCUGCAAUGAAUUUGUUAGCAGCUUGUGUUUGGUGAUUACCUCCUAUCAAGAAUUGUUCAUCAACCAUGCCCAGACAGGUGAACUGGCUUCAAAAAAUAUUCCUCAGAUGGCGAAUGGCAAGCUGCAGGCCUUUGUGCAUGAUCUGGCAGCUCGUUAUUUCUCGCUAGUUGAGAGGAGGAUCCAAGAGGAGAAAGGCGUCAGUGAUAAUUCCCUCUUGGUCCGCGCCCUCGACCGCUUCCACCGCCGACUUCAGGCUGUGUCUAAACUGCUGCCCGGCUCCACCGUUCCAAACCAGGGGACGGAAAUCGUGAUAAGAGCAGCCACGGAGCGAGUGAAGCAGUACCUCUCUGCGCUGCAGAGCUUCUACAUGGACAGCCUCACAGAUGUGAGACAGGCCCUUGCAACGCCUCGCCUCUCUGUGGCCGCAGCUUCUGUGGCUGGAGGCGGAGCUCAUCUGGGAGGGCCUGCUUCUGGCAGAGAUGCUCCGGGCAGUCUCCCAGAGCUUCUCUCGUCCUUGUCAGCUAAUAUUCUCAACCAGAUUAAGUCGGUGCUAGCAUCGGUACACCUGUUCACUGCCAAGGACAUCACAUUCUCCAACAAGCCUUACUUCAAGGGCCAGUUCUGUAGCCAGGGUGUCCGUGAGAACCUGGUGGUGAACUUCAUCAGGUUCGUGUGCCAGUCUUCUCGGCAGUUUUGCGAAAGCGCCGGAGACAAAGGAGGAUCGACCCCGCCGGCCCUUUUGUUGCUCCUGUCUCGCCUCUGCUUGGACUUCGAGACGUCUACUAUCUCCUACAUACUCACUCUCACAGAUGAGCAGUUUCUCGUCCAGCACCAAAAUCCCAUAACGCCAGUCACAACAUUAUGUGGAGAAGCAAGAGAAGCAGCUCAAAAGCUGCUCAACCAUUAUGUCAAGGUCCAAGGGCUGAUCAUCUCCCAGAUGUUAAGAAAGAGUGUGGAAACCCGGGACUGGGUUAACACCAUCGAGCCGAGAAACGUCCGAGCGGUGAUGAAGAGAGUAGUGGAGGACACCACCUCCAUUGACGUGCAGGUGGGUCUGUUGUAUGAGGAAGGUGUGAGGAAGGCACACAGCAGUGACUCAAGCAAAAGGACCUUUUCUGUCUACAGCAGCUCCAGGCAGCAACCCCGUUACGCAGCCAGCUACACUCCCAGCGCUCCCAUGGAUACCAAUCUGCUGAGCAACAUACACAAGCUGUUUUCUGAAAGGAUCGACAUCUUUAGCUCAGUGGAGUUCAACAAGGUCUCCGUGAUGACAGGUAUAAUCAAAAUAAGCCUGAAGACAUUCCUGGAGUGUGUCCGACUGCGCACGUUUGGGCGCUACGGCCUGCAGCAGAUCCAGGUCGACUGCCACUACCUGCAGAUGUACUUGUGGCGCUUCGUGUCGGAUGAGAACCUUGUGCAUUUCCUGUUGGAUGAGAUAGUGGGGAGCUCCGCCCACCGCUGCCUGGACCCCUCUCCGAUGGAGCAGAGUGUUAUUGAAGUGAUCUGUGAAAGAGGUUAAGUGAACCUCUGCCACAUUGUUCGGGAUAAUUCAGCCACAUUUAGGACUAGUUGAGUCAAUGCUGUUAAGAUAUUAUAGAAAAUAACAUCAUCCAAAUCUCUUGUUUUUUGUUAUUAAUCAUGCAGGUCUUGACUGGGAUCUUUCUAAGAUUCCUAAUGUACUAUUUUACUGUUCUGUAUGUUCUACUUUGGACUUUUAAGUUCCCUCCAGUCUCUAUU